UGGCCAUAUUCUUUAGAAUCGGACUCGUUAUUCCUGUCGACGUCACAAGCACAACUAUCUUUUGCGCGCCCUAUCAAGCACCCCAUAGCAACUAUGCACGACGACCGCACUGCUGAGCUCGAAAAGGGCAGUCCAACCUCUUCAAGACAAUCGAGUCCAACGGAACCCAAGCCUCAAGCAUCUGGCCCACCAGCAGCACCUGAAGGAGGCACAAAAGCCUUCCUAUCGCUACUCGGAGGCUCCUUGGGUCUUUUCAUCUCAUUUGGAUGGGUCAAUUGCAUUGCUCUGUUCCAAGCUGAAUAUGAGACCAACCAGUUGAAGACCUAUAGCAGUUCGGAGGUGUCCUGGAUCACUUCGUCCGAAUGUGAGAGCCUUCUUCCCCAACCGGCCGUGAAACAACAAGCUCAUUUCAAUCUAGUUUUCUUCAUGCUGUUCAUGUCACCGUUAUCUGGAUAUCUAUUUGACAACUAUGGACCACGAUUGCCGAUCUGUAUCGGUGGAUUGAUGCACGUGUUUGGCCUCAUGAUGACCAGCUUGUCAAGCAAAUACUACCAAUUCUACUUGGCACAGUCGAUUUGCUCAGGAAUCGGCACAUCGCUCAUUUUCACUCCGGCAAUGACUUCGCCUAUGACUUACUUCCGAAAGCGCCGCGCUUUGGCAGGAGGAUUGACCGUUGCAGGCUCGAGUCUGGGUGGUGUAAUCUUUCCCCUCAUGGUCAACAACCUCCUUUCGGAGGGGGGAUUGUUUGUCCCUUUCGACUACCUUGUCCUGUCUGCUAUGCAUAACGGAAUGUCAAUGACUAUGGCCUACAAUCUGAUUCCCAUCAUGAACGGAGCGAGCUUUUUUGGACGUACGAUUCCCAAUGGACUUGCCGACAAGUACGGCCGUUUCAAUGUGCUUAUCAUCAUGCUCCUUUUCACUGGUGUCAUCACUCUGGGCUUAUGGUUGCCUGGUCGCAGUAACGCGGCCAACAUUGUCUUCGCCGCUUUGUUUGGUAUCGGAUCUGGCACCACCAUUGGCUUGACACCGCCCCUUGUGAUGACUCUCUACCCACCUCAGGAGAUCGGGUUUCGAAUCGGGUUAGCUCUUGCUACCGCAGGUAUUGGUACCCUUACGAGCCCUCCGAUUGCUGGUGCAAUUGCAGAGACAAGGGGAGGCUCUUUCCGCUUUGCGGCCUUGUUCAGUAGCGUGAACUUCAUGGUCGCGACAAUCUUUUUGGUGUGGCUGAGG